AUGGCGUUAAAGAACUGUAUAAAGACCAACCUGAUGCUGAUCCUCACUGUCAUCUCUGCAGUGAUGGGAGUGACCAUCGGGUUGCUGUGUCGACAGCUUCAUCUCUCCACGGACACCGUCCAACUCAUCAGUCUCCCGGGGGAUACAUUCAUGAGGAUGCUGAAGAUGCUCAUACUGCCGAUGGUUGUUGCAAGCAUGAUCACAGAUACCAUUAAAUGUUGUGAGAAGAACCUUAAGAUAGACAGGACCAUCAGUCGGUUUGUGCUGCCUAUUGGUGCCACAAUCAACAUGGAUGGAGCUGCCAUCGUUCAAGUCGUGACUCCAGUUUACAUAGCUCAGCUCAGCGGAGUCCACCUAUCCAUACUUGACGUUAUGGCUCUUGGGUAA